AUGACAAUAUAUUUGGAUGAAAGUAAUAUCGACAUAAUUGAAGUAGGGAUAUUCGAUAAUCUGACCAGUUUAACAUACCUAUCAUUGAGUUCUAAUAAUAUAACAGAAAUCAAAGCAGACACCUUCCGAAAUCUCUCCAGUUUAACAUAUCUGCAUUUGAGUUUUAAUGAUAUCAAAGAAAUGAAAAGAGAAAUAUUCCAAAAUCUUCCCAGUUUAACAGCUCUAUUUCUGAACGGCAAUAAUAUAACGUAUAUUCAACGUGAUACCUUUGGAAACCUCCUGAAUUUAGAAACAUUGUAUUUGGGUGGUAAUGGUAUGAAGAUCGAAGCAGAAAUGUUCCGACAUCUUUCCAGCUUAAUACGUCUAUAUCUAGACAAUAAUAAAAUCGUCAAAAUUGAAAACGGGUCGUUUGCAAAUCUUCCAGCCUUAAGAUAUUUGCAUUCCAAUGUGGAAGACUUCAUAGGAGAUGCCAUAAGACUCAACGAUUUAAUUGAAGGUUUGCUGUUACCGGGAGAUACUAUUCAAAUGGAAGACAUGGAUAAAAAGAAAACGAAAAGUAAAACAUUCAAUUUUGCACCAGUCGUUAGUGUCACAUAA